AUGGAAGCAUUAGAUACUUUGUUUAUAGACCCGGCCGGACUGAAAAUGCCAUAUAAUUAUAUCUCCGCACCACCAUCCUCCUACGAUUCUUCACAACCUCCAGAACAUCUUACAACCAAACAAAAACGUGUACGGAGACGAAAUAAAGCCAGGAAAACUUAUAAUGAACAAUUAAGAACUACAAUGAAUUUAUUUACCGUUAAUCCAUCAUUAUUGCAAGCCAACUUCGUUAAUUAUGCAACAACAUCAGAAGAACUAAAUUACUUGGUAUAA